GAGCCCGGGACCUCCGCGCGUGUGCCUCACCCCUUAUACACGAUUCGAUGUUUGAUUUUUGAAUUCAGAAUUCGCGUUCGAAUACCAGUACUGUGAACGUGUGAGUGUAGAAAAGAAAACAAAAGAUUUGUGUAAAUUCGACGUGCGUUCUGGAAAGUGUAUGUUUUUCAUUUGAGGAAGCUAAGUUUCAAAGCCCUCGGCGCAAUAUGGAGUCGCCAGUACCGCGGCGCUACCAACCUCCUUUCAUCCUCACAAAGCAAAACCUAACUUAAACAGGCUGGAAGAAGGCCUAAAACAUGUGAACAAUGAAAGAAAGCAUCAGAGCCGAUUCCAACACCGAUUUCCUGUUCUUUUCAAUCAACUACACUGAGUUAUCAACAUCAAUGUAUCUUACUGACUCGUUUGUGAACAAGACCCUUGAAGCCAACGACACAGAGUCAGAUUUUGUUUACUCAAACCAGUUUGAAGACGAGCCCAUAGUGGUGGUAUUAAUCGUACUAAAAUGUCUCAUCAUGCUGUUUAUAAUUCUGGCGGCCAUCUUUGGGAAUCUUCUGGUGAUCGUGUCUGUGAUGAGACACAGGAAGCUGAGGGUGAUCACCAACUACUUCGUGGUAUCCUUAGCAUUAGCAGACAUGCUGGUGGCGAUAUGGGCCAUGUGUUUCAACUUCAGCGUGGAAAUUACCAACGGGAAGUGGCUAUUCGGCUACUUCAUGUGUGACGUGUGGAACUCUCUAGACGUUUACUUCUCUUCGGCGUCUAUACUGCACCUGUGUUGUAUUAGCGUAGACAGGUACUAUGCUAUAGUGCAGCCGUUGGACUACCCGCUGAUAAUGACGAUGGGGAAGCUAGGUGUGAUGUUGGCAGUGGUGUGGUGUAGCCCAGCAUUAGUGUCAUUCCUGCCUAUAUUCAUGGGGUGGUAUACCACGGAUGAACAUUUGGCGUUUCGACAGCGACACCCGAACUUGUGCGGUUUCACUGUGAACAAAGUGUAUGCGGUGAUAUCGUCGAGUGUCAGUUUUUGGAUUCCCGGUGUUAUUAUGUUGUAUAUGUACUAUAGGAUUUAUAUGGAGGCGGAUAGGCAGGAGAGAAUGUUGUACAGAAGUAAAGUAGCGGCAUUACUACUGGACAAACACUUACAAAUCAACGGCAUCACCAUGGGCGAGGUGAUGAGGGAGAGACAGAGCAUACAGAUGCAGCCCAUGGCCAGCAGUAAGAUGAAGCGAGAAAGGAAAGCGGCCCGGACCCUGGGUAUCAUCAUGUCAGCUUUCCUUGCCUGCUGGUUGCCGUUCUUUCUUUGGUACAUAAUCACAGCUCUCUGCGGCCUAUCGUGCUAUUCGCCGCCGCCGGUCGUCGCCGGAGUGUUCUGGGUGGGCUACUUCAACUCCGCCCUCAACCCUCUGAUCUACGCGUACUUCAACCGAGACUUCCGUGCUGCCUUCCGGAAGACACUGGAUUCGUGCUGCAGGUUGGUCCGAGGGUCAAUCUGCGGCGAGCUAGCCCGGCGCCACUGCUGCCCGCGCCCACGUCGCGAACAACACCAUUCCAACGCUUCAUCAGAGCUGCACAUGAACAACUGCGUCAAGUCGUCGUCGGCCGACGCGCUCCGGGCGCACCACGCCUCCUGCUCGCGCCCCGAGGAGAUACUGCUCGAAGCGUAGACCCUGGAAAUCUUAUUCCCAGAGUCUAAGCUUCGAGCAGUAUCUAGUAGGAGAUAAAAGCUUAAGGUUAGCUUAUAUAGCCACGGGAUAGAAGCUUAGUAGACUCAAGGAAUAGUCACGGGAUAACAAGUUAGCUACUACAGAUUUUGUGGCUAGCUUGUAGACGCAAAAACAAAAUGCGGACACUUUUGCUUUGUUUUUGUUUAUGACACACCAUCUUGUUGAUAUAUUUAAUCUAAGUGUCGCGCCCGGAGGAGAAACUGCUCGAAGCGUAGACUCUGGAAAUGGGAAGGAGAUAGAAGUUUAACGACAGAGACUAUAGAUUUUGCGGCUAGCUUAUAGACGCUAGAGAGGAUCAAAGGUAAGCGC